AUGCCUCUCUUCUCUACCCUAAAUUACUAUCUAACCCCGCCAUUACUUAUCGUCAUGGACAACGCAAUUUCUGCUACCCCCAUCUCUGCCACCAUCUGGUGGUUAAGCGUCGACGGCCACCACUCCUCUUCUCUAUGCAUACAUACACACCUUGCUGACAGACCCGCCUCCAUUUCUCCAAACUCAUUAUUCUUUGAUGUAGAUGCAGGGGAAGGCAUCAAUUUGGAGUUUUGGACAGGCGUAACAGGCCCUGAAAAGCUUGAAAAGAAAAAUGAAGUUAGUCUUCGCUGUUCAGGUAUUCUUAAACAUAUGAUGACAGAUGAUGAGAACUUUGGCUGACUGGUGAUGGGAUAAUAACGAACAAAUGAGCAGGAAGGAUUAAAUAGCUGAAAUCCAUAAACAACAAUGAUCAUUGAUAACAUUCAUAUGAGCAUUCCUAGGGAUGGACAUGAAAGUAAAGUAAACAAAGAAUGAGAAAGUAAAUGACUUUCAUUCUUUUAAUUUUGUAAAUGUGAGGUGUAAUGCUUACAUUAAACAGAAACAACAAUUAGAAUUUUUAGUUACAAGACUUUUUAAUCUGUGUCCUCAAGUUUAUCUAUUUUGUAUGUAUAAUGGGUUAAUGGAUUAUCUCUUUUUUAAUCAAUUUUUGAUUGGUUUUUUGUAUUUUGACAUGACCCUGCAGGAACUAUUUUUUUACAUACAAUAUGCCUAACAUGCCCUUUUGGAUGAGUUUGAUAUAUUCCAAGUUCAAAGAUCUUUCAUUGUAUUUGAAGUUGUAUAUGUUGAAUGUAUAAUGAUAGGAGUUUCUUAUGUAAUUAUUUGAUUAAAUGUUUUUUCAAAGUUAAAGUUAAGCUUGAGAGGGGGUUUGUAAUUCGUAAUGG